UUUUAAAGUCUUGGCCUUUCCGAUUUCAGAUUCUUUUUCUCAGGUUUCCACGCGCCACCGCGAAACAGCAAAAUCCAAAAUUCGGCGAAGAGAUGCAAGGAGGAGGAGGAGGAGUGUGGAGCCAACUAUGGAGGAAAUACGCUGAUUAUAACUACAACAAGUUCGAGAGAUUUGCUGUUUGGGAAAUGAUCGAGCCUUACCGCCGACCAAAAACCUUCACGGCUUUGAUUACUAUCUAUGUCGCCGCCUUUUACACCGGCGUCAUCGGCGCUGCAGUUACAGAGCAGCUCUACAAGGAGAAGUUUUGGGAAGAGCACCCUGGGAAAACGGUGCCUUUGAUGAAGCCAGUAUUCUAUCGAGGACCGUGGAGAGUUUAUCGUGGUGAGGCUAUUGCUUCAGAUGCUAGCAGCCAGUGAAGGUAUCGAUUUAGGCUAUCAGAGACUAUGAUGGUGCAUCCUUUAUGCUGGUUUAUAAACCAAACAACGUUGUGUUCUGUAGAGUGCAUGUAUCGUACGUUGAGUUGUUUAAAUGUUCUCUAGGCAUCUUUGGGUUUAAGCGGGUCAGUAUAUUAUGCUUGUAGACAAUAAGGUCUAUUGACGAAUAGACUCUGUUAAAGAAUUGGUUUUUCCUACUUGUAAUGAACAGUCUCAUUAUAGUAUUUAAUGAUUUGAUAAGAGAAGUUUAAGGGUAUC